GAACAGCAAAUGUUUAAGUCAGGCAGUACCAAAGUCCUCGUCUGUCCACUGGGUAAAGAAAUUAACCAGAAUUAACAAAAACAAUCGGUAAUCAGCAGGUGAGUCCGAAUAUCAUGAUGUAAAUGAGUCAAAAACCAAAGAAGAUCAUUUUGAUUGAAUUUAAGUUUCUGGACUGAGGGAUUUUCUGAUACUUUUUAUUUGAAGAUAUUUUUUGCUGAGAGCUCAUGAGAAGAAUUGAUUUGGUUCUUGUGGAAUAAGGCUCUUCGGUUUAGACACUACACCAUGAACACGACCCCUUUACAGAUUUGUGCCUUGGUCCUUGCAUUGGCCGGAAUGACUAGUGUCCUGGUGUCCACUGUUUCCAGUAAAUGGAAAACGUCCAGCAGUGUCAGCUCUAUUAUUACCUCCACUUCCACCUUUGAAGGUCUGUGGAUGAACUGUAUUGCCACCGCAUCGGGGUCUGUCCAGUGUAAGAAAUUCUCCUCCAUGUUCAGCCUGUCUACUUUUGUCCAAGCAUGCCGUGCCCUGAUGAUCAUUUCUAUAAUUCUGGGUCUUAUCGCUUGCAUACUUUCUUUGUUUGGACUGAAAUGCAUCAAAGUUGGGUCAAGCGAUGAAUACGCCAAGGGGAAGAUCGCCUUGGGAGGAGGACUCAUCUUCAUCACAGCAGGUCUUUGCUGCCUUGUUGCUGUUUCGUGGUAUGCAGCCACGGUCACGGCGCAAUUUUAUGAUCCUCUCUAUCUUGGAACAAAAUAUGAAAUGGGCUCAGCUCUUUAUAUUGGAUGGGCUGGAUCUUUCCUAGCGGUUCUUGGAGGUUCCUUCUUGUGUUGUUCUUUUAAGAAAAAGCCAAAAUCUACCAAAAAAGGAGGGUACAAGUACAAUUAUCCCGCUCCUGAUAACGAUUUUACGCAGUUUAAAGAGAGAAAGGACACUUCCGUGGCAUCCAAGGCUUAUGUUUGACCGGGCUAUACAGAGUACAGCACAUGCUAAACCCGUCUUUUUUUUUUUUUUAAUGUCUUUUUAAAGCUUUUCCAAGUGGAGAUGUUUCUUACUUACUUACAAUAAUGGAGAGUUAAAUGUCUAUGUGAAGCACUAACUAUUGACUUGUUUUUAGUUGACGGCUAACUUGCCUAUUUCAGGCGAAGACAGCAGACCUGGAAAAUAAAUCUCCAAUAUUACUGA